AUGCAGUUGGAAUCAGGUGAGGUGGCAUUAGAGAGGAAAACAGCUGUAGCGGUCGAUAAACCGUUUACGGCUUGGGUAGAUGCUGUGAUAUUCGUAUUUUCUCUUGAAAACGAAGCAAGUUUCAACGCAAUUUACACAUAUUACACGCAGAUGGCACACUAUAGGAACAGCGCUGAAAUUCCACUCAUACUCGUGGGAACUCAAGAUGCUAUCAGCGAGAGCAACCCGAGGGUGAUAGAUGACGCCAGAGCUAGGAAGUUGGCCAAUGAUCUCAAGAGAUGCUCCUACUAUGAAACCUGCGCUACUUAUGGCCUAAAUGUAGAACGUGUCUUUCAGGAUGCUUGUCAGAAAAUAGUCCAGCAGAGGCUGUCGCAGUCAGCUACCUGCCUCGCUACUAAUUCCAGACCAAGCACCCCGAUCACCUCUAUGCCUCCUCCUCCUCAGAUUCUUCUUCCUGCGUCUCCGACCCACCAUCAUUCGCCUGUUCAUAAGGAGGGAGGUUUGACGAGGCAGCUGGGCUCAGUGCUGUCUAGUAGCUCCCACGCCCUCCACAAGGAGAGCCUAAUGGAGAACAAUAAUGUGCCUAAGAUACCGACCUUGGACAACCUCACUCUGAACCCUCCUGUAUCAGCAAAGGAUCUUCCAACUCCAUCUUCUACGCCUACUGCAACAAGAAAAAAUCGCCGGAGAUCCAACCUCUUCACUCCUUCCAAAAAGAGUGAAGACAAGUCCCGGAACGGUGGGGAAGUAGGCAGCGGGAGAGCCAUCCCUGUGAAACAGGGAGUGCUAUAUAAGAGGAGUAGCAAAACCCUCAACAAAGAAUGGAAGAAAAAAUAUGUUACGUUAUGUGAUGAUGGAAGGCUCACUUACCACCCAAGUCUUCAUGACUACAUGGAAGAUGUCCAUGGCAAAGAAAUUCCGUUACAAUACGUUACCGUGAAAGUACCUGGCCAGAAACCUCGUGGUUCCAGAACCAUCAGCCAAGCGAACGGUGGCCACGAUGCUCUUUCGGUCAUCACCAAUUUCCAUCAUAAGGAAAAGAGAUCUUCUGACAAAGUGCUUCUUACUGCUUAUGAGAUCCUCAAAGAACCUGGCCGCAUACCAAAUAAUGACGAUUCUCUGAUAAUCCCGACGAAUCCUCUUCUUGCCAAUGGAACAGACUUGAAAGUUGAAACACCUAACGUUAAAAAGAGACAUAGGCGAAUAAAAAGUAGUAGUGUGAAGAAUCAUGAUUACGAUGAUACUGAUGGUUAUGAGUUCCUAAUAGUUUCGCUGGAUAACAAGCAGUGGCACUUUGAGGCUGGCAGUAGUGAAGAGAGGGAUGAAUGGGUUACAGCGAUAGAAAAUCAAAUUCUUCAAACGCUUCAGAGCGUCGAAAGCAGUAAGGGGAAAUUACGCUUAAAUUCUACAGUAGAGGCAGCCUCUAUUCAGUCCAUCCAUCCUGACUGGGCCAGUCUCAAUCUUGGUAUUUUGCUCUGCAUCGAGUGCUCUGGUAUUCAUCGUAAUCUCGGGUCUCACAUUUCCAAAGUCCGAUCUCUAACAUUGGAUGAAUGGCCAGCUGGACACCUGAGCGUGAUGCUUUCAGUGGGUAAUCGGCUUGCCAAUUCCAUCUGGGAAUGCGACACCAAGGGAAGGAGGAAGCCAGGGCCUGGUUCUCCGAGAGACGAGAAAGAGAAAUGGGCGUUCUCUAAGUACAUGGCCAAGGAGUUCCUGGCCACCCUCGAACACGGCCUUCAUCUACCUCACCACCUCAUCGAGUCUGUUUCAAGGAAAGACAUAAAAGGUGUGCUGGAGGCCUUGAUCCACGGAGGUACUGAUAUAGUGAAUGCAACAGUGUCCUCCAAAGAUAGAAGAACGGCUCUUCAUAUAGCUUGUGCUACUGGAAAUUUACCAGUCGCCCAAAUACUCCUUUGGCACAAUGCUGAUCCUGAAAGGUUGGAUAGUGAAGGCCAUACUUGCUUAUCGCUGGCUAGAAACGCUGCCCGCGUCCACGGUGAAGGUGCUUCCAGCCUCGUCGACCUUCUGGUAUCCAUCACAACUACUACUGUCAUCUAGUCCUCCCUUGUAUAAAUUGUUGCCCCGAAUCCCUGUAUUAUUUUAUUUAUUUGUAUUAUUAUUGUAGAUUUGUAAAUUACCAUUAAAUGUAAAAAAAUAUAUAUAUAUAUAAAUAUAUUUAUGAAUAUGUAUGAAUUUAACCGUACUUUGAAAUAGUCAUUAGAAUUCAAUAGCUCUUUUUGUUUUCAUCGGCUUUUAAAAGUCACCCUAUUUAUUCAUCCGUGUGGGAUAAGAGUAUUUUAUAUGUUUUAAUUAAUACCACACAAUUAUGGCUUGAUGCUGUAGUUGAAAAAUAAUUUUUACUACUUGAAUUAAUGUAUUUAAAUUAAAAGUAGAGCAUAUCGAUUAUGCAUGCUAUGUUCUAAAAUAUGGUUUAAAUUAUUUUUACAGAGAUUAAUGGCUGCGAUAUGACUUUUGUUUUUGAAUAAUUAUUAACAGAUUUUAUCAAAUAUUGUCUUUGUUUUUUUAAUGAAUUUCAAUAGCAUUGAGUAACAAUGUCUGAUUUGGACUGUAGAAUUGAAUCUUACAUAAAUGUUCUUAUUAUUAUAUUGAACUGAACUUCAUUAGUCACAAUCAAAAUUAUAUUUAACCGUACUUGUUUUGUUUUUUCUGUAAUUAAAAAAAAAAGAAAAAAGAUAGCAAUGUGUGAAUUAUAUGAAGAUAGAUAUAAUGCUCAAUGUGUAAGCCAGUGUUCAAACAAGUCACAGGGUUAAUGUUAGCUUAAAUUAAUGCUCCUUUCAAAGCCGACAGCUAUUUCACCCUUUUUCGCUUGAGGAGUAAGAGUAUUUUAUUUAAAAUGUCAAUUAAUCAACGGAAUCGUUGUUAGUUGUUAUUGACUGAAAAUGUGAGAGUGAUGACUUGGUCAUCUUUCAUUUUUUUCGAAAGCCUUUGGCGGUAUUUUUGGUGUACUUAAAAAAAAAAAAAAUUAAAUUUCAGCAGCCGUAUUAUGUAGUCAGUAUUGGCAGCUAUAAGCUUAGCUGUUUAAAAAAAAAUAAAUAAAAAGUGAUAUGUAUAAAAAAUAACUUUAAAUUUCAUAAAACUAUUUAAAGACUGUUUUUCAACUAACCGUAAAAGAUUUUAUCAUUUAUAUGUAUAUUUAGUUAAUGUUGUUAUUAUUUUAUAUGUAUGUAUAUGUACAAAUGUUUAAAAAAUUAAAAUAUUCUUUAGUUUAAUUUCUUUUCAUUUUUUUUUUUUUUUUUGUGCUGGAGGACACCAUUUUUUUCCUUUUCUUUUUUUUGGUAUAUCCUUUAUGCACAAUUUGUAUAAACUUAUUAACAGAUUAAUGUUUAUAAAUUGUUAUUUAUUUCAUCUUGUUAUGUUUUAUGUUUGUUAAAUUGUUUAGUUACCCAAGUGAUUUACAUAUUAGUGUAUACCGUUUUUUAAAUUUUUUUAAAGAUUCUUAUGAAUUUGUAUAUAUUUGAAUGUGUCUACUCAGUGUUGGGUACUCAUUAAAAUAAAUAUAUUUAUUCUAGAUAAAAGUAAUUAUUCUAAUAAUAAAAAGUUAUUUGUUAUUCCAUGAAUUAUUUGUGUCUAUAUUUUCUGAAUAAAUUAGAUAUUCACUAUAUUUUAGAGUUUGCUAAGAACUCUUCCCUCACAAACUGAACUAUUUUUUCUUUGGAUUUUCUGCCAAAAUAAUCAAUAGAAAGAGAUUGUACUUCUGUCAAUCAGGAUUCAGUUUUAAAAAUAAAAUUAUUUAUUCUGAUAAUUAAUUAUGUUUCUUCUAAAGAAAAUAAAUAUGUUUCAGUUAUAGAAAAUUCACAACAAUUAAAUUAUUCUUAAAUUAAUUUGGUAUCAUUAUUCAUUAUUUAUUUUAAGUUGCUCAACACUGCUAUGCAUACAUGUUUUCGUUGAUUAAAUUUAAGAAAUUAGAAUAAUUAGUAUCAAAUGGACAUGGUUUUGAAAAGAAAAAAAAAAUAGAUUGCACUCUAUUGAAUUUUAGCUGCAAAAUUUAUGUGCUAGUAGUACGAAUAUAUGUAAAUAUUGGUAUAAAUAUAUAUAUAUUGUUCAGUUUGAUGUUUAUAAAUAUUAUAUAAUGUUAUACAUACUGUACACAAAUGUACAAGUGGUAAAUAUGUCAAAGAAAAUGUAACUAAUUUUGUUUUAAAAAACAAUCCUGUAGGAUUUUCAUUAUUUUCUAACAACAGAAUGGUAUCAAUAGUAACUGUAUUAUAUUUUGAGAUUGUAGUAUUAUAAUUAUAAUAAUUAUUGAGGCAUUUAAUCAAUUCUCGAGCAGCUCAUGUGCCAAUAGUGCUUCGCAUUACCCGGUUUAUGUCUGUCUUUAAUUUGUAUUAGCCAAAGAUGUAAAUAAGUCAUAUUUAUAUUAAAUGUCAGAUUGCAGCCUCAAAAUGAAUUGGUAUUAUACUGUUUACUUACGCUAAUCAACCUACCCAUGGACAAAAUUACCCGAUUAUUUAACUGUAUCACAAUUGUGCUCGAUAAAAUAAAAAACAUAUGUGCAACUUGU